AUGCGCUGUUUCAUAUCCGUGGCACUGGUAACUCUAUCCACGACCCAGCCAGUCUGGGCCUCACUUGGCGACACCGUUUCAACCGAUGUCCCACAAUAUGUCCUGGAAUAUGCUCCUUUAGUAUGGCUCCAUAGCGAGGACACCUACAUGCCGAGCGACAUCCAGCAACAGCUCGAUCACACCAGACCUAUGGUCAACUGGACAAGCAUCUCGGGGGUACCCUCGCCACUGACUCUCAAUAACCUGGAUGCGCUGAACAAUCUGGGUAAUGAGAGCGUCUACCUAACCUCUCUAGAAGGCAUCGAAGCUAGUCCCGAGCCAGCCUGGUUCCGAGGUAUCGGACCAGAUCCAGAGGGACGAACGGUCAAUGGUACCGCGAGUGCUAUUAUUGUUGUACAUCGCGACGAUACGACUGUUGAUGCUUUUUAUUUCUACUUCUACGCAUUCAACAAGGGUGGCAAAGUCCUCGGCUUGGAGUUUGGUGACCACAUUGGAGACUGGGAACAUAACAUGAUUCGCUUCGCCAGCGGCAAACCAGACGCAAUAUGGUACAGCCAGCACGCGAGGGGUCAGGCAUUUACAUACAAUGCCGCUGAGAAGAAGGGGAAGAGACCAUAUGCCUAUUCGGCAAGAGGGACACAUGCGAACUAUGCGAUCGAAGGAACGCACGACCACACCAUACCAGGACUCAACCUCCCUGCCGGGUUCCUGAUGGACUAUACAGAUCGCGGCGUACUGUGGGAUCCCGUGCUAAACGCGUACAUCUAUACAUACAAUACCACGACAGGUGUCUUCCAGGCUGCGAACUCCAAUGAUCCGGUGGGAUGGUUGAACCUCAAUGGGAAAUGGGGAGACGAUCAGCCACCUAAUGAACCCGAAAUCUUUGGCGAGGCGAAGAACGUUGCUGGUCCCAAUGGUCCUAAAUUUAAGCAUCUGGAUCGCGAUACAGUGUGUCCAUCAAAGCCGUGCAUUGUGCUUCCUGUGAGGACCUUCGGCAAAGAGGUGCCCUCGUGA